CUUACUUGAAAGUAAUGGCGCAGGCAAUCGCAUCUAAAGCUGGAAAUGUCUGUCUUUGUUUAGGGGCUCGUGGAGAUUUUUUUUGUAUAGAAUGCGAGCAAUAUUUUUGUCAAACUUGCAGAAUAUCACAUAGGAGAGCCAAUGUCAGCAAAAGUCACAAGCUAGUAGAGGCGCUCGAAACAGAAAGAAAAGACUGUGAGAUGUGUUUAACCAAGUAUGGUGGCCAGUAUUUCUGCCUCGAUUGUUGCCAGUACUUCUGUAGCAAUUGCAAGAUGAUUCACCUGAGAGCAAAUGUCAGUAAAAAUCAUGUGUUCACAGAUUCAUUCAACAUAGAAAAGACAGAAACAUCUAAUUAUGGAUCCCAGUUGGUUCAAACAGAGAAGAAGAAAACCAAUGUUGAACAAAACAAGAAAGACUCUAUUGAAAAAGAUGACAUGAUGACUGCGAAAAGGAUCAGACAGAAAUGCCAUGAUUCAGUGCUUAGAGAUAUUACAGACGGUGAGAAAGGUUUUCUGAAAUCUAUCGAAGGUAAUUUUCCAAUUAAGAUGACAAUAGACCAAGUUAACUGUGAGAUCAUACUUGAAGGAAUCGAAGAUGAGGUAUUAAAUGCUAGGCUGGAGGUUUAUGAUGCUCUGAGGAAGUUUGCUCAUACUAGAUUCUGUAAAGAGGAAGCUCUAAUAUGGAAAGAACAAGUUCAGUGGUAUUAUAAGGAUUUUAAUGAUAGGGGCGUCCCAGUACUCAUAGAAUAUCCCGAUUUGAUAAAUAUGUAUCUGGAAACUGCUUACAUAGGAGAAUCUGGGCGGACAGAGGUUGAAUUCAAAGACGAUCAGGGAGAAGAAUAUGUUAUUGUGCUGAAAGAUAUGACAGAAUACUUGAAGAGAGACAGAACAAAUAAAGUAGAUGUUUUGAGAAGGAAGAAAAAUCAUCAAGGAGAUGGAGGCAAUUUUGAGCCUCCACCAGAAUGGGAUGAACAAGGAUCAGAAAAUGUCAAGCUGGUAACACUUCCUAACACAUCACCAGAAUAUAAAUCUGUUGAACAAAAGUUUUUGACUUCUGUAUUUAAUGGGAGACCAGAGUGGGUUAGCCAGUUCAAUAAACGGACAUUCAGAGUCACUAAGAUUAAUAGAAUUCAGAAUUUAAGUUUGUACCACAUGUAUGCAGCUAAGAAGGCUUUGAUAGAAAAACACAACCCACAAGGAACAAAAAAUGAACAAGAAUUAUGGCAUGGUACAUCAGAUAGUGCUAUACUUAGUAUCAACAUGUAUGGAUUUAACAGGAGUUAUUGCUCAGACAAUAGCAGGGAUGCAUAUUGGGGCGAUGGAGUAUAUUUCUCAGCAGAUGCCUCAUAUUCAGCUAGAAACUGGCUGGCUAAAGUUUCUGGCACUGGUGACCAUAAUAUUUACCUUUGUAACGUGUUAACAGGUGUGUCUUGUAAAGGCAAAAAAGGAAUGAGUGUACUACCUGUACGACCAGAUGGAACUAUGUUAAACUAUGACUCUGCAACAGAUGCUAAAUAUACCCCAGUUGUAGAAUAUGUCAUAUUUAAUGACACACAAGCCUAUCCACAGUAUUGGAUUAAAUUUAAGUAUUAGUUUACAAUAUAAUUGACAUGAAUACAGAUAUAAUGCUAAUAACAAUCAAUGUACAUGUAUGUGUAUUUUCCUUUAGUAUUUGCUUACAUUAAUUAUUAACCAAUUGCUGAUUUAUAAAAAAAAUAUAUUUUGUAAGUACAAUAUUCAUAAUUUUACAUUGAUAUAUCUUUCAAAGUAUUCCUUUUUUAUUACCCCUACUUCCUGGUGGUUGUGAUGAGGAGUCAAUUCAGCUGUUAGUUUGUCUCAGUUCAUUAGUCCUCAAUACCAAUUUGGUAUCUGCACUUGUCUUGACAGAACUUCGUAAUAUGUUCUCCAAUUCUGUUUUCCUUUCUUCAUCCCAAUGAUUGUUGGGUUUACUUCAUCGUAAAACCACAUGACUUAUGCUUUGUUAUAUCUGCACACUUCAGUACACAUUUGUUUUCACUUGUUUCCUUCUUAAAACUUAGUUUGAUGAAUCAUCUUCAGAAUCUUCAUUAAAUAGUGUUAUUGUGCACAUUAUUUGUUUUGCUACAAAUUUUUUUGUGGCUCCCUUAGUAAGUGAUUUUUUUUAUCUGGAAGCCAUCUAUUUUAUAUACAAAUGUAUAUCCACAGCUCCCCCAUUACAACUUAAAAGAAUUUAACUAACUUUUCUCAGAAUCUUACCUUUAUUAUGUCUUUUUGCACCUUUUAUUUUAUUUUUUGAAACAUGGUCCUUGCCUGUGUAGUUUUUGGGGAGAUUACACACAUAAUUGAAAUUUACUAUUUAGAAGGUUAAUUCAAUACAUUCAGGAUGUCAAUCUUUUAAAAUCAUUGCAGUUUUGAAAAUUAGAAAUAUAAAAGUGAUCAAAACAAACAGUUCAGAAACCAAAAACACAUAAAAUAAUGUUUGACCCUAACCAAAGAUACUUUGUCUAUCUAUUAUUUAUAUUUGUAUUCUUAAAGUCAACCUUGCAGUGUAUAUACAUAUAAUUCAUUGUCCGCCCCUAUUUUACAAUCUAUGGAUUAACAGCCUUGAUGACACAAAUGAUGAAGGUGAACUUUAUGUUUUAUUAAAGAUUUAUAAUUAAGGAAUAACAGUACUGUAGUUGAAGAGUUGCCACCGUCAAUUGUAGAUUUGACGGUCGCAAAUGCAGUUUUACUGGCGAUAAUUGACGUUGGCAACUCUUCAACUACAGUACUGUUAUUCCGAUUCUAAUGCAUUAAAAAACAAAAAAGAAAAAAAUACGAUAAAACUUGAAAAAAUGUCUAAAUUUGUCAAAUAAAAAAAAAUCCGCGAAACGUUAUGAAUAAUUUUGACACAAAGACGUCAUGGCUAAACGUGACGUCAUACAAACGAAAACAUACAAACUGGAGGUUGUUUCGUUACCUGUACGCUUCAAAUUUGGAUAAAAUUACAUUAAAACGGCAAAUUCGAGGUAGGUGUUGUUUUAUUUUUGAUUAUAUAGUAGUAAUCGAACAUUUGUUGAUUCAUCAAUUCAAAAUGGCUGGUCUCUCCUUAGUUACGCCUGGUCAACUAUGGAUUUGACGGCAACUGUUAGCCAAUGAAAAAAAUUGUUACAUCCAAAUUGCAUUAGAAUCAUAUCUAUCUUUGUGUUGUUUGAGUAGUUGCUUAGUAGAAAAAGUAUUUCUGAUUUUCAUAAAAAUAAAUCCUUUAAAUUAUAGUUAUAGAAUUGAUAAUUUUAAUGAUUUCAUAUAUCUGUGAUAACUUCUGUUAAUAUAUGUAUGUAAUUGUUUGAUAGAGAGAGGGAGCAUAUUAUUUCAUUUUAUAUUAACUUUAUUUAUAUUAGAAAUGGUUAAAAGUCCUUAAAAGGUAUUUUUGUACCACACAAACUUCUGCCUCCAAGCUUUGUACAUGUAUAAGCCAUUGUCAUUAAUUUCUGACCAAACUAUUUCUGUGCUGAAACCAUUGUUUCAUGUAACCAUUCCUACAAAAAUCCUAAAAAAAAGAACUCAUAUAUGUACUUAUUUUGGAGAUUGAUAAAAAAGAUAAUAAAAAGGUCCAAUAAAGCCAAAAAAUUAAUUGGAUUGGUACCCCUACAAUAUAUAGGAGGAGGGAUUAUGUUUUGGGGUUUGUGUAUUUGUCCCUGUCUGAUUUAAUUUUGUAAAAACAAGGGUCAUUUAAGGUGUUUAAAUCAUGUUCACCACUUUGACCCAUUUUCUUUUUUUUUUUUAUUGAUCUUUUUGGUGUUCAAGCUACAGUGCAUAAAUACAUACAUACAUUUUUACAAUAUAUAAGUGAUUGACAUAUGGCAUAGUCAUACUAUUGAUAUUUUACGAAUAAGACAUAGUAAAAACAAAUACAAGUAAAUGAUGUGAAUAAUCGGUAUAUGAUACAAGUAAAAGAUACUUUGGAAUACAUUAAAUAUACAUGAUCAUAUCGAGAAUAAAAUUUAAUGACCCAUUUUCUUACAUUUUUAAUUUGAUAAAUACUGUUACUAUACAAAUUCUUGAUUUACAUAAUCAAUCAUACAUGUGUAACUGUUGUAUGAAUACAGAUUCCCCGUUAGUUGAAUGAUUGAUUUGCAAGCCACUAAUACAUCAGCAAUGCUUAAUUUAACAAACUUGAACCAAACUGACUUCUAAUAGCAAACCAUAAUUUCAAUAUUACGGUUUUAUGAAUGUUUGAAAUUAGUGUUUUUCUAUUUUUUUCUCUAAUUUGUAGCUAAAGUUGUUGAAACUAAUUGUGGUCUCAUCUACUGGGAACUUUUUAAACAUGUUCAUCUUGUUGGGAAUAUUUUGCCUCAUCUGCAACCAAAGUUGCUGAACUGAGUUAGCAGAAGUCUGAUUCCCCAAUUUACAUGUUCCCCUGGGUAUGUUUGCCCUGUUUUUGUCACCCUUUUUUUGUAGCAAUAAAUGUAUCUAUAUUAAUGAUAUUUAGGUUAAAUAAAUCUAUCCUAAAAUUUAUUU